GAUGCUGACAAUGUAUCUUCACCGACCAAUAACUAGGAUGCCACACAUUUCACACUAAUAAAUUCAUUUGCGGCAGCAGCGAAAAGAGAGAAAAAAACAGAAAAAUAAGUGCAAAACGCGGCGGCAAGAAGCAAGCAAGCAAGAGGGGGGCGGCAGCAGCGACCUGGCACGCCGUUUGCCACCGCCCUUAAUUUGGCAAAUCAUCACGUAAAAUUUGUCAAAUGGAAUCCUGCCUUUUUUCUGUGGCUGCAAUCAAUUCGGAGGCAUGAGUGCCUUUUAGCCGAGGGAACCACCCGUCGCUGCGUUGUUUGGUGGCUUCGUUCACUGCACCGCCCACAGCUUCGCCCCGUCGUCGCCGUCCGCCUUCCCUCCCCGGCCACCGCCACCGCCACCACCACCCACCGAAGAAAAAAAGAGAUAAAUAGAACAAAGAAAGGGGAAAGAUUGACGAGGAGCGCGGCAUCGUCGCCAGCGCCUUCCGGCGUAGGACUCGCGCGUGCCCGUCCCUCGCGCGUAGCCGCCGGAGCUCGCGGGCGUUGGCGGCCGCCGCCGUGGGCGUAUCACUCCGGUGUGGCCGGCUCGGCAUCGAUUUCUUCCCGUUUCCCCUGGACCAGGGAAGGGUAUACAAUUACAAUGCAUGCUCUUGAUGAUUUGUCACAGCAAUCCCCUUCGCUCCGUUAUUAGCGAAGACAGACGUGGCAUCCUGGCAGGGGUUUCCUUCAGGAGACGAAUGGUCCAGCACUAGGACACAUUCACAAUUUGAUAAAAUUGGCAUUACAGAGCCAAGGUGAUGCACAAUGACCGUGUUUUGCCCCUUCAAGCCUUUGUGGCUGCUCAGGGAAGAGCUUCUAGCACAGCAAUCCUUCCUUUUUUUGUUCUGUAAUGAAUGAAUAACCAGAUUGUCUAUCAAGAUCUGACCAAAGUUCUAGGUCUGGAUAGAUUUGACUCUGAGAACCUUUUGGAUGUCUCAACUACAGUUUUGCCACUGAAAAGUGUUGCUAUGGAUCCUACAAAUUUGUUGCAUCUGAAGACUGUCCCAUCUGAGAAUGGACUCAAACUGGUUGAAAAUUCAAGCGACAAUCUACAGGAUUUGGCUUGUGAAAGCCCCCUUGCUGGAAAAGUCAAGUUCAUGUGCAGCUUUGGUGGGAAAAUCUUGCCUAGGCCAAGUGAUGGGAAGCUCAGGUAUGUCGGCGGGGAGACACGCCUCAUCUCGAUAACCAGGAACUUCUCGUGGAAUGAACUAGUGCAGAAAACUCUCACAAUCUACAGUCAGCCUCAUAUCAUCAAGUAUCAACUUCCUGACGAGGAUCUGGACGCCCUCAUUUCUCUUUCGUGUGAUGAGGAUUUCCAGAAUAUGAUGGAAGAAUACUGCAGUCUUGAAAAGGCCAAUGGCUCUGUUAGACUAAGGAUGUUUCUUGUCUCCCUCAAUGAAUGUGAAGAUUCGUCAUUGGACGCAAAGAGCUUGGAGAGUGAACCAGAGUAUCAUUUUGUUGUUGCUGUGAACAAUCUUGCACAUUUGGGCCGGAGCAUUAGUGGCAACAAUUUAAUGAGCCAGCCGAGCCAUCAAUUGGAUCCUUCUCCACACUCCUUUAGAGACUCACCUGUCUGUCAAGCCAAUACAGAAGUUAAAGCCAAAGAUUCUGUUGGAGCAACUCUCAAUGAAUCUUCCUCUCAGUUUUUCCUUGCUCCAUACACACAACAAUUGGUGGUCGAGCCAUCGACAACUCCGUCCCCAAGUUUAAGUCAGCAGAGGACCAUGAAACAAUCUAGGAAGCAACCCCCUGCAGAUGAAUUGACAACAAACCAAGAACAUGUGAGUAGAAGUGAAGUUUCCAGUAGCUCAAAUUUGAAAACCAUGCUUCCGAACCAUCUAGAUAAGAAGCACAAUGAUGCGGACAAGGGUAUUGGAACUGGAUCUCCCUUGAAACAUCUUCACAUUCGAAGGCAGGUAAAAGAUUGGGCUGGAAAUGGUAUUGACUUGAUUCCACAUACCAACUAUGAUGUUUCUACUCCAGUGGAAGCGUCCUUAUAUUCUGAAAAGGUUAUCAUGCAUCCAGAAAAUGCAGGAGGGACAUCUGGGCUGCAGGAACAUGCCGGUCAAAUUCUAGGCAUGCCCCAUGCCUUCUCAGAUCCUUUACUAAAGAAUCUUAAUGACUUGCCUGCAUCGAAUUUGUCAUUACCUGCUGGUUCUUACAUAACCCAAUCAUUUUCCCAGAAAAUAUGCCAUACUAAUGAGUUGGAGAGAACAAUAAGUAGGACUGGGCCAGCUUUUGAAUGUGUCAAACCCCCUGACAUUGCCCGUGCAGAUGAAUCAAAUUAUCUUGUUUCUAAUCAUAUUGACCAAAGGUACAAUCAAGGAAUUAUUGGCCCAGCCAGUUCACAGCCACCAGUAUAUUACCAAGAUGAAAGUUUGUCAAGUAAUGUGACACAAAAAUGCCAUGAUGGUUAUCAUGUAGUUCAACAGCAGGAUAAGUUUUUUCAUCAGGAUAAAAGCGCAGGUCCAAUUAUUGCUCCCUGGAACAAUUUUGUUCAAACAGGGUUAAUUUACAACGCACAUGGUGCAAAGUUGCCCUCAGAUAAUUUAGAUGCUCUAGAAAGUUCAGUUCCAAAGCCGAUGCAUGCUACUGAUCAUUCCCUUUCAUAUCUCCUUAAUGUAUCCCAAGGAGACAAUUCAGAAAGUGGAUCACAUGUAGAGAAACUGAAUUCAGGGCCUGUUACUAAAGAUUAUGGAACUACUGGCUAUGUGCAUGGAACUGAUAAGGUUGCUCCAAAUCCUCAGGAUCUGUUGCAUAUAAAGUCUUCUGAAGCUUUUAUCACGCAAAGAUCAAUGGGCAAUGGAGAAUCUGGUGUAUAUCAGAAUGAUAAUUUGCACAAGUCAUCAGUGCUACAUACUGGGCUGAUUGAUACUGAUCCAAGUGUGAACUUGCACGACAAUGGUGGCCUCUCUGUGUCUUCGUCUCAAAAUCCAGUUGUGGACUGUGUUUCUAGGAGAGAGGAUCCCCUUCGUGAUUGGGGCAAUAUCGCCUGCAGUGAAGGAAUAAUUGGAUGUGACCAUACCACCACCGAUAAUGAACACAUAAAGCUAGCACACAGGCUGCACGAUAAUGUUCAAAUGAAUGUACCUGUCAUAGUUGAGGACGUGACUGAUAAUGUGCCUUCAGGCAUUCCAUCAUCGAGACCAGUUGUUCCUCAGGUUGUAAUGGCAGCUGAAGAACACCAAGAGGUGAUUCUUUCAUCACAGAAGGAUGACGAUAGUAGGACCAACAGGCCAGAGUUAGCUAAUGAGGAUCAUGAUGGAGUUGCCGAUGGAUCCAUUAGCGAUGCUGUAGUUGCUGAACUUGAAGCCAGCAUGUAUGGAUUACAGAUCAUUAAAAAUGGUGACCUCGAGGAACUACGUGAACUGGGAUCCGGAACAUUUGGAACUGUAUACUAUGGAAAGUGGCGAGGAACUGAUGUUGCUAUCAAGCGCAUCAAGAAAAGCUGUUUUGCUGGAAGAUCAUCUGAACAAGAGAAACUUACCAAUGACUUUUGGAGGGAAGCAAAGAUUCUUUCGAAGUUACAUCAUCCAAAUGUUGUCGCUUUCUAUGGUGUGGUCCCUGAUGGAACUGGAGGAACACUAGCCACUGUGACUGAAUUCAUGGUGAAUGGCUCACUAAGGAAUGUUCUUUUAAGGAAAGACAGAAUGCUUGAUCGCCGGAGAAAACUUACAAUUGCUAUGGAAGCGGCGUUUGGGAUGGAAUACCUGCACUCCAAAAGCAUAGUGCAUUUUGAUCUGAAAUGCGACAACUUACUUGUUAACUUGAGAGAUCCUCAGAGGCCAAUUUGCAAGGUUGGAGACUUUGGGUUAUCAAGGAUCAAGCGCAACACUCUGGUUUCUGGGGGUGUCCGCGGCACUCUUCCAUGGAUGGCACCAGAGCUACUGAAUGGCAGCAGCAGCAAAGUCUCUGAGAAAGUGGAUGUGUUCUCUUUUGGGAUAGUUUUAUGGGAGAUCUUGACUGGUGAGGAACCGUAUGCAAAUAUGCAUUGUGGUGCUAUCAUAGGGGGUAUCGUCAAUAACACACUCCGGCCUCCAAUACCUGAGAAGUGUGACCCGGACUGGCAAAAGCUGAUGGAGCAAUGUUGGUCGGCGAACCCUGACGCCCGCCCCUCAUUCACCGAGGUCACCGACAGGCUCCGAGCCAUGCCGCCGGUGAUUCAGGCGAGAGGGGGACAGGCUCCGGCAACCAGAUGAUGAGGUGUUAUAAACAUCAGCCAGCAGAUUAUUUUUAGCUGCAAUCAGCUUCUGCACUGACCCCGCGAGUCUCCUAUGUGUGCAUAGAGUAUAUAUAUACAUGUACUGGUCACGGUGUGUAUUCUAUCCUGACGUAAAUAUGCUUCUUGUGUACAUCCUUUUUUGCACCCCAUGUUGAGGGCUUCUGGUGUAAUUACAUGUAUCUGAGUGAAAAAAAAAGAGUAGCACAGGCGGGUUGCUGUGGCCACACGUCAACAAUUUUUCUGUGUAGGUUGUGAGGGUCUGCCAGAUAGAUGUAUGGUAGACCACUCAAGCUUUUUGGUGGGCCGUGGGUUGUAAAAAUAUGAGCUUGGAACCUGUAAUUAUGUGCAACAGAUGCUGGAAUGCUGGCUAUGCUGAUAUAAACUUCGUUUGGUUUUUGUAUCAAAUGACAAGGCUAAACUUUUGGUUUGA